AUGUUCUCCAUCAAGACCCUCUCCACCGUCCUCCUGGCCGCCGCCGCCGCCACCGUCUCGGCCGCUCCGACUAACACAGUCGGUACCAAGACGCCGUCCCGCACGACCCACCUCACUGGUGUCACUCACUCUGUCGUCGCCGGCCUCGGCGGCCUCCGCUUCGACCCGGACAACGUCGUCGCCGAGAUUGGCGACGUUGUCGAGUGGCACUUCCUGCCUCGCAACCACUCGGUCGUCCAGUCCAGCUUCGCCGACCCCUGCGCGCCCCUCGCCGACGGCACCUCCUUCUUCUCCGGCUUCAACUUCUUCACCCCCGAAGGCCAGGCCGACAACGUCUUCCAGGUCGUCGUCGAGGACCGCAAGCCUAUCUGGUACUACUGUGCUCAGAACGUCGGCCAGCAUUGCUCUUCCGGCAUGGUUGGCGUCAUCAACCAGAACUUUGACAGCCCCGACUUCACCCUCGCCAAGCACAAGGCCUUGGCUGCCCAAAAGGGCGAUGCCAUCGUCCCUGCUGUCCAGCAGGGCGGCUACGUCAUUCCGAACCCCAACCCGCUCGGAGGCUUCAAGCUCUAA